GGGACUUUGGCUUUCUGCUGAGCUAACGCUGGACUUUGGUUCCUUCCAGAGUCGAGGGAGUGAAGAGUCGUCAGGAGACUGAAGGAGACCGAGGGGAAAGAAGACGAGGGCAUGGAGGGUCAGGACCUACCCUACGUGCUCAUUGACUGUGUGGGAGGGAAGCAUGGAGUGUAUGAAGACCAUGUUGAGCUUCUCAAGAAACAUUUCCAUCUCAUCACCAUGGAAGAAUAUCUCCAAAACAAGGGAUUCCUGGGUGAAAGGAUCACAGCCAUCUACAUGUGGCAUCACAAACCAGUUGUUAACAAAGAGCUGCUCCAGAGCUUGCCCAACUUGAAGAUAGUUGCCAACUCUGGGGUGGGAAUAGAUCACCUGGACCUGAAGCUCCUGGCCAGCCACGGGGUGAAGGUGUCCAACACUCCCUUUGCUGUCUCCACAGACACAGCAGACAUGGCCAUGGCUUUGAUGCUGGCAUCUUCCAGGAGGCUGGUGGAAGGCUACCUGAUGGCAGUCUCCCCUGACACAGAGCACUUCCCUGCAGACUGGCUGGGGGCUGAGGUCUCUGGGGCCAGCCUGGGCAUCGUGGGAAUGGGCAUCAUUGGCUACAAGGUGGCUGAGAGAGCCAAAGCCUUUGACAUGAGGAUUCUGUACCACAACAGGAACCAGAGAAACAAGGAAGAAGAAAGUGCUGUUGGAGCUGUUUACUGCAAGAAGCUUGAUGACUUGCUCCAGCAAGCAGAUUUUGUGUUGCUAUCUGUGACCCUGACUCCACAGACCCACAAGCUGAUUGGGAAGAGGCAGCUGGAGCUGAUGAAACCCACAGCUACUCUCAUUAAUAUCAGCAGAGGUAGAGUUCUGGUUGUGGAUCAGGAUGCUCUGGUGGAAGCCCUUCAAAGGAAAGUCAUCAAGGCAGCUGCUCUGGAUGUGACAUAUCCUGAGCCUUUGCCAAGGGACCACCCUCUGUUAAAGAUGAAGAAUGUCAUUGUGACUCCUCACAUUGGAAGUGCCACCACAAAGACACGUCUCAUCAUGAUGGAGAACAUGACAGAGAGCAUCCAAGCAGCCCUUGCAGGUCAGCCUGUCCCUAAUGAAGUGUUGCUGUAAAAGUCUGCAUGGAAUGGUGAUGACAUCAAUCCUUUAUCACUCUCCAUGAUGUUCUCUCCCAUGGCUUGGAGCAGAUGCACAGUGCCUGGCUUUGUUUCACUGAAAGAACCAAAAGCAGUCCUUGUGUUGUGGC